CACACUGACACACAUGACUUGACACAUGCCAUACUCAAUCUUCCAAAGUCUUGCAUAGAUACAAUACAAAACCAAAGACAGAGAAAAUUCCCUCCACUCCCUUCUAUGUUUCUUUCUUCCUUCCAUCCAUUGUUUACUCUCUUCUUCUUCUUCUUCCCAUCACUCAAAAACAUCACAACAAAACCAUGACCAACCCUUUAACCACUUAACAUCGAACAUCUCAAACAACAUGCCAUCCCGACAAUUAUCCACGUCACCAGACAUACCCGACCCGUACCCGUUUCCGCAGCCACCGCCACGUCAUCACCACCACCAUCACUUUCUCACUCCUCUCCUUGCCGCCACCGUCUCAACAUGCUCCCUUCUCCUCCUCCUCAUCCUCUUCUGCCACCGCACCCUCACCCGCAAACGCGCCACCACCCACCUCCCUUCUCCGGCCGCCACCUCCCCACCGCACCGCCUCUCCUUCUCCGUCCUCCGUCGCGCCACCAACUCCUUCUCCACGCGCCUCGGCCACGGCGGCUUCGGCCCCGUCUUCGCUGGCACCCUUGCCGGCGCCCCCGUCGCCGUCAAGCUCAUGGAUUCCAACACCAAUCACCAACAGGGCGAGCGCGAGUUCCACAACGAACUCUUCUUCGCCUCGAAGCUCCUCUCCCGCCACGUCAUCACCGCCACGCACUUCUCCUCCGACCCUAAACGACGCCAUUUCCUCUUGGUCUACGAGCUCAUGCAAAACGGCAACCUCCAAGACGCGCUUUUGCACCGCAAGUGCCCCGAACUCUUAAACUGGAACACGCGCUUCUCAAUUAUCCUCAACGUAGGGAAAGGUAUUCACUUUCUUCACUCCUAUGACCCCCCUGUAAUUCAUGGAGACAUAAAACCGAGUAACGUUUUGCUUGAUCGCGAUUUCUGGCCGAGGAUUGGGGACUUUGGGCUUGCGAGGUUGAGCUCGGAUACUCCGAGGUUUGAAGUUGAGGUUCUGGAAUGUGGGAGUGUUGAUAAUGAUGAAGAGAAGAUGAAGACGAAGAAGAAGAAGGAGGAGGAGGAGGUUGUUGUUGUUGAUGAUUGUGGAUCGGUGGAGAGUGCUCAUAGUGUUUUUAUGGAGGAGGGUGACAUGGGGGUGGAGCAAUCGCCUUCGCCGGAGAUGGCGGCGAUGACUUCGCCAGAGACCAAUUUGGCAGUGGCGGAGGCCUCGCCCGGGUUUGAGAAGGGUAGUGCGCAGAGUGAGAAGGAGGGUGUGAAGAAGAUUAAUGAGAAAGGGUUGAAGAGUAAUUCUGUGAGGGAUUGGUGGUGGAAGCAUGAGGAUGAGGUUGGGGUUGGGGAGGGUAAAAAGGUUAAGGAUUAUGUGAUGGAAUGGAUUGGUAGGGAUGUGAAUAAGGAAAGGGUGAAGAGUGGAAUUGAGUUGGAAAAUGUGGAGAUAGGGAAGGAAGAGAAAAAUAAGAAGGAGAAGAAGAGAAGGAAGAAGGAAUUGGAAUGGUGGGAAUCAAUGGAAGAGGAAAAGUUUGAUGGUGUUGUGAAGGGGAAGAGAAGGACGGUGAGGGAAUGGUGGAAGGAGGAGUGUUUUGAGGAGAAUGCGAAUGCGAAGACGACAAAGAAGAAGAAGAAGGAGAAGAAAAAGAGGAAGGGUGGGAGUGUGAAGAGUGAUGAUGAUGAGAAUUGUGGUGAUGAUUGGUGGAUGAGUGAUGAUGCAAUGGAUAAGAGGAAGGGCAAGAGUAGGAGUAGGAACAACCGUGGGAACAUGGAUUGCUGGAUGGAUGGGUUGAGUGGUGAGUUAUGGAGAGGGAGGAGGAAUAAUAGCUUUGAUUCUGCUAGUGGGGAGAUUCCAAAGAGUGGUGGUGUGAGUAGUACUCCUAGUAUUAGGGGAACUGUGUGUUAUGUUGCUCCUGAGUGUGGCUAUGGUGGGGAAGUGUCUGAGAAGUGUGAUGUGUAUAGCUUUGGGGUGUUGUUGCUUGUGAUCAUUUCUGGGCGGCGCCCACUUCAGGUCAGCGGUUCACCCUUGUCCGAGUUUCAAAGGGCAAAUCUCCUGUCAUGGGCGCGCCAUUGUGCGCGAAAUGGGAAGCUUGUUGAGCUUGUUGAUGAGUCUAUUGAAUUGUUGGAUAAGGAGCAGGCUCUUCUCUGCAUCAGGGUGGCUUUGCUUUGCUUGCUGAAGUCACCUGCUCGUCGUCCUUCAAUGAAGGAGGUUGUAGGAAUGCUCAGUGGAGAAUUGGAGCCUCCCCAAUUGCCUGUUGAAUACUCUCCUUCAACCCCUUCUAGGUUCCCUUUCAAGUCUAGGAGAAAAGGCAGUUUUGUUCCUAGGUGGAAGAGCCAUGUUGGUGAUACCAGUUGCAACAGAACAUUGGAAUUUGAAAUGGUUAAAUUCUUUGAAGCAGAAUCUAUCUAUAAGCUUUUCUCAUGUAAUUAUGUGUUAAUGACUGCAAUAGUGAAACCAGGCAUACUUCCUUGUAUGCAGUUACAUGUGAUCUCAAAGAUUGUAUAUUUUGGUAAGUACUAUAAAGGAAAUAUUAUACUACAACGGUAUUUCUUAAAAUCCUCAAAUUGCAUGCUAAAUUAUCAUGUAUCAACUGCAGCGAUGAACUAAAAAGGUGAUAGGAAA